AUGUGCCUGUUAAAACUAUAUCUGGCAUUACCAAAUUAUCAUAUUUUGAAUGGCCAAAUGAAGUUUAGAAUUAUCGCUGGAACGUCCAUUUUUGUAGAUAUAAGUGAUAAAUUUCAGUUAGAAAAAGGAUGGGCGCUCAAGAGUAACCAGAAAUAUGGUCAACGGGGUAGUGGAAAGCGUAUAACAAUAACCGUAAAAGCUUAUUUGGAAGGGUUUUUUUUGGCAGGGAAUGUGAAUAAAACAGAUCGAAUGUCUGCAAAAGAUAUGGUUACAGAGCUAAAAAAAUUAGCAGAAGAAGGUGAAAUUCAAAAUGACGAGGUGCCAGAAAUAAAAACAAUUGAAGGAUGGAUAACAAGAUAUUCGGCAAGCUUGCGCAAAGAAUCAGCAGAGCAAAGAGUAAUAAGUGAAACUAAUAAAAGACUUGAAAAAGAAGAUAGUAAUAAUAAAAGUAGUCAUAAGCGGCAGAAAAGAUAA